ACGGAAAAUUGCGGGAAUGGAAAACCGGCAGGCGGCCUAAAAACUACCAUUUAGCGUUUUUUUUGUGUUUGAAGCUACAUUUAUAGAUUCGUAAUAAUUUAAAUACGUAAUGGAGAUAGAAAAAUAUAGAGAAUAUCCAUUUUUUGAAGUAUCAAAAGACCAAUUUUAUACAUUUUGUAGUGUUAAAGAACUUAUAAAAAAGAGUCACCAAUAUAAGGAGCAACUUUUUAAAUGUCGCACCCUAGGUAUAUUAAGCAGCAUAAAUGGUUGUUUUUUUUUAAAAGAUCUGGAUCUACCGCUUUAUAAAACAAAUUUAAUGAUUAGAAUAUCAAUGGCCUAUGUUAAAAGUCGCCUUAAAACAACAUCGAUGCCCCAACCGGUUCAAAUAUUUGGUACUUUACAAUGGAAGUCAGAACCAACAGUAUUUGUAAAAUAUUUUCAGGUUCUGGAUAUACCAACUGCUAUAAAACUUAAAGAUGCAAUAAAGGCAAUAACGGAAGACCAUUUAGCCAUACCAAAGCAAGACUAAGCAAUGAUAUUAGAUUGAUUUGUUUUAUGUUCAAAAUCUUGUUUAUUUAAGCAUAUGCUAGUCAAUUAAAUAGAAUUGAAUUAUGUUUUGAUGU